CGCCAUGGAGUAACAGGCACUCACAGAUUGUCCUGCCAUGGCUCGCGCAGGCCCAGAGGUGCACUGGCGGUGGCUGGAGCUCCAUGACUCUGUGUCCAUGGGCUCUGUGGAGAGGAAGGUUCGGACGACUGCAGGAACCAGACAGUGGAGGAUCCACCGUCGACCCAAACCCAGGCACUCUCUGCUGGAUGAGCGCAGGCUGCACUACGCUGCAUGGGACGGCUGUCUGGAGCAAGUCAAGGCCAUGCUGGAGCGAGGGGUGCCUGCUAACUGCCAGGACCCGUAUGGUUGGACAGCUGUCCACCACGCCUCUUUCAAGGGUCAUCUCAUGCUGAUCAAGUUCCUGUUGCAAACCGGCCAGGUGGAGGUAAACAACCAGGACUUCUUCAACUGCACCGCCCUGCACCGCUCCUGCAGUGGAGGAAACCCAGAGACCACAGACCUCCUCCUCCAGAAGGGGGCAUCACAUUCAACGAGGUCCUGCUCCGGCCAGACACCCCUUCACCUGGCUGCAGCAAGCGGACACCUGGGCACAGCUCGGGUUCUGCUCCAACAUUUGGCCUCACCGAACCCCCAGGACUUUAAUAAGUGGGCACCUCUGCACUGGGCAAUUUUCGGAGGCUGGGGGGAUGUGGCUGAGCUCCUGCUGGAUAAUGGCGCAGACGUGGAGGGAGGAAAAGGUGUGGGAAUGAGCCCGCUGCAGCUGGCGGUGUUGGUGGGGAAUGAGGCGGGGGUGAGACUAUUGCUCCAGAGAGGUGCGGACGCCAAUAUGAGGGGUCCUAAUGGACGCACAGCCAUGCACCUUUGUGCCUGCUCUGGAGACAAGAAGAUUCUCCAGCAACUGUUAGCAGGAGGGGCCAGGGUUGAUGUCAGGGAUGGAGAUGUGGCGUCUCCGCUGCACCUUGCUGCCCGCAGCGGCUCCAGGGCAGUGGUGCACUUGUUGAUUCUGAACGGAGCAGGACUGGAGGACAGGGACAAUCUCAAAAUGACCCCGCUGCACUACUCCACACUCAGGGACAACAUUGAGGCUGCCAAACUAUUGCUUCACUAUGGGGCCGAUGUGAAUGCUGUGGAGAGGCUCGGACAGACACCUUUGCACCUGGCUUCUGAGAGGGGUCACUGCAAGGUUCUCAAAGUUCUCCUGGACAAAGGUGCUGAUCCCAAUUUAAGGAGCAGCUGGAGAGAGACAGCAGAGGACAUCGCGAGAGCACACAAUCAGCUAGCCGUCAUCCAGCUCCUUCAACAACACCAGACGGUCAGCAUGAGGGAACAAGCUCAGGACAGUAUACAGCAAGAGAAGAAAUAGCAGUGAAUUAAGGUCUAUUUUACACAGGAUGAUAGCUCUAAUAUUUCGAAUAGAAUUGAAAAGUCAACACCACGACUAUGAUAAGUACAUUGACAGUGCAUUUAAAGUGGCAGAUGACAACUGCAGUGCACAAGCCGUCUUCUUUAAUUCAGAAAGCUGUUGUGCAUUUGUGUGGAUGCUGAUGUAGUUAUCUUUCAAGUUACAGUUCUUGGUGUGAACAGACAUUUAAUUGUUUCAAGUGGCAUGGGAGGA